AUGACAACAAGAACCUUGCUCCGCUCAGCUCUGAACCUCGUGCGGCUCAAAGGAUUCGCUCCAACUCCAGAAGUGUUGCGCACAGGCCAUCCUCUCUUACGGAUCCCCGCUGACGAUGUAUCAAAGGUGGAUCUAACUUCACCACGCUUCUUGAAAACUGUGGAUACCAUGAAGCGUGUUUUCGAUGGUACACCGAAUCUAUUAGGCCUCUCUGCUCCCCAAAUCGGCCAAAGCAUAAAGCUAUUCGCAAUUCAAAUCACAGACGCGAAGCUAAUACGGGAUAAGAAAGUCGAUGCCGCAAUGCCGUUGACGUUUUACGUGAAUCCGAAACUCACGAUUCUGGAUCGCGAUCAGAAAUCUAAGUGGGCAGCUGAAUACGAGUCGUGUGAAUCCAUACCAAAUUAUAAUGCGCUUGUGAGGAGGGCGCAGCUCGUUAGACUGGAUGCGUGGGAUUUGCAAGGUAAUUUGAAUGGUUUGUUCUGUUGGAAUGUGUUAAUACUGGGAAGCCGUGUGAGAGAGGGGAUGCAGGAAGAAGAAGAAGGGAUGUGGUGUAGUAUGGAGGUAGCGGAAGUGAAGCAUGUGGUUAAGCUUCUUGUGGCAUUGUCAUAA